AUGUUCAGAAACAACUAUCAGGGGGGCCCGUUUGUUGAAAUACUCAGUGCUCAAGGCAAGAACCCAGGAGCAAAAUGGAAGAUUUUUGGCAACCCAUCAGCUAUCUCAAAAGAAUACGACAGAGAACUAAAAGGCUUUGUUUUUGUACUUGAAGGAAAUAGUCUAAUCAACAAAAUGAAGCUACCAAGGGAAACCAAACAAACUUUGGGACUGGUGCAGCAAUUUCUGACACUUCAGAUUUUUGUGCCAUUGGGAAAAGACUUCUCCACUGAGUUACUGAUAACUGAUUUUGACAAUAUUAAAAGAAGAUUGUAUUUGUCAACGGUCCACAAGGUGUUGUCUGUAACCCCUCUGCAUGCAAAGAUUCCUCUGUUUAUGAUCAAGCGCAAAAUAUGGUGUAAUAUGUGUAUUGACUUGGUAACAUUUACCUAUGAAAUAUUCAGAGGAGCUCUCUUCCGGUCUUUGGAUGGAAUUAUUAUUUCAGCUAACUGUAAGCUAAGAAAGAUCUUCACUUUAAAAUUCAAGCCGCAUGAUACAACUGGAGAAGGUGGUGUGUUUUAA